AUGGAGUCCUUCGACAUUACCGCCCUUUAUACAAACGUGUCGAAUGACUCCGCAAUGCAAGCCAUAUUCGAACUCCUUCUACAACACGAAGGAGAAAUAAACAUGUAUGGCUUCAUGGUAGCGCAGUUGAUGGCACUCUUAAAAGAAUGCUUGAGCUGCUCAAUCUUCAGAUGGUCCGGAAAGUACUACACUCAAAUAAGAGGGUUGGCAAUAGGACAGCGUCUGGCACCAAGUCUUGCCAUUGCGUUUGUGUCUAAGGUGGAAGCACCGGUGACUGAUCUCGGGCCGCUACUCUACUGUAGGUAUGUAGACGACUGCUUUGUCCUUUGCUCAACACAAGAGGAAAUGGACAAAUGCUUCGAAUUGUUAAACGCACAGUCAGAGUAUAUCAAGUUCACCCGAGAAAUGCUAUUGUAUCCUAUGCGAUCCUAG